AUGGAGGACCUGUACAAGGACAGCCCAAACCUGCCCAUGGAUGUCACCAGCUCACCCUCAGCGAUGGCCAACAACAAGCUGGAGAACGGGGUAGCCCAACUGAUCACAGCAGAGGCCUGGAACAUCAACUCGGCUGACCUGAUGAAGAAGGCCCUAUCCCCGCUGGUGACAGUCCCUGCACCUUCCAUUCUGACACCGCCGGCCGAGUCACAGAGCGGGGUGGCCCUGAAGGUGGCAGCCACAGUGCUGCAGCCCAUCUGCCUCGGGGACAGCCCUGUUGUCCUGCCCAUCCACCUGCAGGUCGCCGGCAGUGCUGCCCCACAGAUGCCAGCCACCAACGCCACCACCCCCUAUGUCAUGACCACCCAGGGCCCCAUCCCGCUGCCCGUUCUCCUGGAGCAGCACGUCUUCCAGCACCUGAACUCACCCCUGGUGCUGCCCCCAGGGGCCACCUGCCCCACCAGCCCCCUCACCGCCACCCCUGUGGGGCAGCCCCAGCUCCUGGACCCCAAGCCCUCUGGCCAAACACAGGAGCCCGUCCUGCCCCCAGUCUUUCAGACGCCAGGGUUCGCCGCCGUCCUUCAAGACCUGUUUCCCUCACAGGGUGCCCUGGGCUCUGCUCCC